GUGUGUGUGUGUGUGAGUAAGAGAGAGAGAGAGAGAGAGAGAGAGCGAGAGAGAGAGAGACCACAGCACGAGCUCCGCUCUCUGACAGAUCGGUUAAACCCGGAUUUAACGCGUGUUGAUUAGCCCGGCUCUGCUCAGUCCGGUACGAUCCGCUGCACCAGCAUGUCCAGCCCGCAGGAGCUGAACCAGGAACCGAAAGAAGAGCCGAAAGAAGAGCCGAAAAAAGAGCCGAAGGAGGAGGUGAAGGACGAGGUGAAAGAGGAGAAAAAGGAGGAGAAGAAAGAGGAGAAAAAAAAGGAGAAGACGGAGGAGAAGAAUGAAUCCUGGAAGGAUUUUUUUUACAACCCACGAACUGGAGAGUUCAUGGGCCGGACCGCCAGCAGCUGGGGACUCAUCCUCCUGUUCUACCUCAUCUUCUACGGUUUCCUGGCAGGAAUGUUCACUCUCACCAUGUGGGUGAUGUUACAGACUCUGGACGAGAAUGUCCCUCGCUAUCAGGACCGAGUGGCCAAUCCAGGUUUGGUGAUUCGUCCUCACGCAGCGGAAAUCUCCUUCAACCACAGUGAUUUGACAAACUACAAUCAGUACAUCAAACAACUGCAUGACCUCCUGCAGAAUUAUAAUGACAGUCUUCAGGAGCAGAAUGACUUGUGUCUAGUGGGUGAAUACACUGAGCAGGACGAUGAGCCGAUAAAGAAAGUUUGUCAGUUUAAGCGCAGUAUGCUGCGUCAGUGCUCUGGUCUGCCCGACACCAGCUUUGGAUACGCUGAGGGGAAACCAUGUAUCAUUAUCAAGAUGAACCGGAUCAUUGGACUGAAACCACGAGGAGACCCCUACAUCAACUGUACUGCUAAGAGAGACACUCCAUUACAGAUGCAAUACUUCCCAUCCGAAGGUCGUCUGGAUAAAAUGUUUUUCCCCUACUACGGCAAGAAAGCUCAUCCAGACUACGUGCAGCCCGUGGUCGCGGUACAGUUGCUGUUAACAAAAGAAGACUAUAACAUUGAGCAGACGAUAGAGUGUAAAGUUGAAGGUACAGAUCUGCGUAACAAUGAUGACCGGGACAGGUUUAUGGGUCGCGUCACUUUCCGGGUCAAAGUGUUGGAGUAACCAGACCCACCAGUUGCCAUGGAUACCACAAACUGAUUUAAACUGGGAAAAAAUCUCCAGUUCUGGACAUACAGACCUGAUCUAAUCCUGGACGUCUGAAUCUGGUUUAUUCUGUUUAGACUCUUGAGGAAACCAGAUCUGGACCACUGACAGCUAAAUAUGGCUAUUCUGCCAGAACCUUUUAGCUGAGAUCCUGGUUCUGUCCAAAUUUGGUUUACAUCAGGUUAACCCAACUAAUGUUGUACUUUGUGGUCUAGAUCUGCUGCUGAGUAGACCAAACAGAAACCAGAGUAACUCUGGUUGAGCCUGUUCAGACAGUUUAAGAAAAUCAGGUCUGUGGUGGAAGCAUGUGAGCCAGCUGCACAAUGACGUGUUGUGUUUAGAUGUGUGUAUAAUAGUGAUGUAAUAAAAAUAUAAUAUGAUCCCAGCAGUCUGUAACAGAGCAGUGCAGCAGAAAUCGGUCCAGAUUUUAUUAUAAAACUGCUGGUCAGUAAUCAGGUAACUGUCCUUCCACUCUGAAACCUUAAUGCUACAGGAACUGCCUUCACAGUAUUCAUAAUGCUUCAUUGAAGAUGUGAUUUCUCUCAUUUUUCAGUGGUAACCAGAUUUAACCAGAAAAGUUUAGUUUUGCAACUUGGACCAUGUAAACGUUUCAAUAGCCUGUAAAUGACCAUAGAGACUUAUUGUGAUCACGUAAUCCACUUGCUGAGGUUGUCUGGGACUCAUUUGACCACAUAUCUUUUGUAGUGUCAACUCUAAUGAGUCUAGGCCCACAUUGAAGGACACAGUAAUAUGCAGUCUGAUUGGAUCUGAUUUGUGUUAUUUUACCUGCAGAGAUCAGCAGCAGAUGUUUGUGAACAAACUGGUAUUACUAACUGUAAUAUCACCAGACUCCCUUAAAACAAUCCCAUAAUUCUAAGAGGAGUUGACUGAGGAGAAACUAAACUGUUUGAAAGGUGUCUAUGGCGGUAUGUUGUUUAUUAGGGCCUUCUUGUAAAUUGGGGAAACAUAACACAUCAAGAUAUUUCUUUCUUAGUGUAAGGGUAGGGUGUAGCCUUGCAGGAUACAGGAUUACAGUCUGUGGUGUGAGCAGGAUGCACAGUUUUACUCUCUGGCAUUAAUGCCUUUCUUCGUAAUCAUUUGUGAGGUUAAACAUCAGAUUUCCAUACAGUCAGAGGAAGUAAAAGUGUGUGCCCUGCCCAUAAAGUUCAGUUAUAAAAUAAUAAUAUAUAACAAUCAAUAAAUAAAAUAAAAUUGAACAAAGAGUGUUUAUUGUGGUGCAAGUGAGAUCUGAUCACUAGAGUUUAAACUGAUGUUCUUAAAGCUGUCCACUUUUGAUCUGAUCCCCCAUGAUGUUAAUAGCAGCUGUAAACAGCCUAAAAGUCCAGACCAGAACAGUUCGGUGUAACAGCAGGGUGGUAUGACCGUAAUCUGAUUAUUGCCUGCAUGAGAAUGUUUUAAAAUUUAACAAUAUUGCAACUGAUUCAAAACUGCCAAAAGAAAAUGUAUUAUGUCUGCAUAAACCUUUCAUAGAUGGUUUAGGGUUAGUAAAUUCCACCUGAAUGCUAAUGCUAGUCUGCAGUUUACAAGAAACUGUUGUCCUUGUGUCACAUGAACUGUAAAAAACACUGUAAUUGAGUCAAUUAUUGCUAAUAGUAAUGAUGAUAAUGAUAGCGCCCUCUAGAGGAUUAACAUUGCACUGUGAAGUAGAACGCUCUACCUGCUGGGACCCCUACCCACCACCAAACCCUUGACUGUUCAGGUCCACUUGGACUCUGGUGUACUUUCACCUUAUGGAUCCCUCCAUAUUGAUGGUUUUUCAUCCGUCAUCAUGUCAACACAAAUAUUUGUCAGUUUUUCAGAGUAAAGACUUUGAAAUAUACUUUAUGAAUAUAUAACUCCAAUUGUACAAACAGAUGUUGCAGUUUUUUAAAUGUGAAUUUGAGUGUGAUUCCAACAACUAGUGUCGUGUGAUUAUUGAACAAGAUGACAUCAUCAGCAGAAAACCAAUCCGUCUUCAGUAAAUCAGUUUCAUCAUCAUGUCUUCAUGUUGUUUUAAUUGUUUCUAUCCUGAAUGAAUGAAAUGUAGUUUUAUUAUUUAUGUUUAUGUCUGCUGAGGGAACUGGAAACAAGAUUGAUGAAUUAUCUAAUGCUACAAAUAAAACAUAAAGAGCU